AUAUUUUUUUAAUUUAAUAAGUAAAUAUGUUUGAUAAUGGCAAAGGAUUCACAUGAGGUCACAAUGUUAAUAUCCAAGUUUUAUAAAGUUUAUGCACGUGACAAACUAUUUAUUGUGGUAACCUAAGGUACUAUAUACAAAAGGUGAUUUAAGUCCUCAAGUCGAGGUUUGUUUAAUGAAUGAAAUUAAAUCAUGGAUCCACUUUUGCUCAUAGACAAUAAAUUGAAAAUCAUGUUCAGUCUCUAAAUGAAGCUAAAAUAUACUUUGAAGUUGUGAUAAAUUGCAGCUAAAUUCCACAAAAAAUCUUAAAGAAUCGACCAUUAGUAAAGUGGUUUGCUUAUUUUUGAAUCGCUAAAGGAACAUCUAGCAACAUGAAACGUUGCAAUAGUUUAGAUACUCGAUUAGUUUAGGGCCCAAUCGGAUUCCUUAAUAUGAGUUGAAUCGACUCGCGACCCCGCCGCAUCAAACAGCGUCCGAUAAAAAAGCGUGAGUAGAACGUUGCAAGAUUUAAUAACUAAUUAUUGUAUCGAUAGGUACCAUACAAAACAUCUAGCAUCGUUUUGUAAUCUUUGCUGUUUCAUCAGUUUUAACGAUUUUGCAACAUUGGAGCGUAAAAUUGUCGGGAAUCAGUAUCUUGGUUUCUUCGUGUGUAGAAAGCUUAAAAUGACUUCAACACUGGGCUUUAUGAUUUAUUUGACUUUUGCGUAUUUUAACUACAAAUUCAACCUCAAUUCAAGGGCCAACACUUUCUUACACAGUCGUUUAAAUAAUAAAGCUAUGCGCACAUAGUAUGGGUGUCGUUAACUUGUGUUUAUCGAUAUCACGAAGAAAAUUUCAGGUGACAUCAAUGUUUUAUUAAAGAAAAAUAAUAGUCUAUUGACAUUUGUUGACAAUUACUUCAGAAUAUAAUAAUUCCGAUAUCCUCCAUAUUUUGGAGGUUUUUUUAAAGUAUUUUUUUCGCAAGACUAUGAUAAUGCAGACAAUAAGAAAGUUAUGAUUAUAAAAAACAGUGCAUUGACGAAAGUAUAUAAAUGAGUUCAUUAAAAAAACCAGAAGAUAACAGAGACAAAAACAAUGAUGGAGCCCAAAAUGGGAAUGCCCCUAAUGAUAGUUCAGAGAAAGAAAAAGAAGAAACCACUGGACGUAAUACUAAAAGACACUCACACUCGGUUGUGAUAAAUAUGGAAGGUAACAAUGAUCAAACGAGUGCUAAACAGUUAAAUGAAGUUACAAAUACUUUGCCUUCGUUUUGGGUGCAAUUUAAUUUUGAUGCUGGGAGCCGCGCGCCCGAAGGAGCAAGUCCAAUGUAUUAUGAGCCAGCAAGAAACAUUUUCGUCAGAUUUGUUUUUGCAAUCCUUUUGUUCAUGCUCAUACUUACCGCUGGCUUCGUCAUGUUUGUUUAUAUGACAGACCUGAGGGACGUUUUCAUUCGCUACGGAUUAGUACCUAUGCUCAUUGGACUGGGCGGUAUGUUAGGUUUAAAUUAUGCAAUGAUGUGUAGCGCCUGCACGAGGGUGCCGCCGUGUAACUUUUUUUGUCUCUUUUUAGCGGUUUGUUUCAUGAGUUUAUUGACGGCUUGCAUUACAGCUCAAUAUAGGACUCAGAUCGUAUUAUUGGCCCUUAUGGCUACAACUGUGACCGUCUUAGUGUGUUUGUGUCUCGCUUGCACUAAUUUCGACUUCACGAAGUAUUUGCUCUAUGUGAUAGUAAUAGGCGCAGCGGUUGCUGCUAUUGCUAUGAUCGUGUCUAUCACCAUGCUGAUCACCAAUACCCGAUAUAAGCCUGUGACACUGGUUAUACUUUUGGCGGGAACAAUUGUUAAUGUUGUCGUUCUUGUCAUGGAGCUGCAAAUGAUACUUGGAGGAAGAACGGUCGAACUGACGGAAGACGACUACGCGCUAGGGGCAUUUAUGCUUUACACCUCAAUAAUAGACAUAUUUCUAAAACUAGUACAUAUACUUGGAAUUCUAGAUUCGUUUUGAUGUAACAGUUAUCGUUAUUACGUAUUUCGUAAUUUAGAUUUUAUUCUUAUCCAGAUUCUGUUGUGUGAUCUGCGAAUCAUCAUAGAUUGUACAAAACAGAGUUGUUUGGAUACUUCUGUGGUCUUUUUCGGAAAUAGUCAAGUUAAUCAAAUAGUAUGUUUAUUAUUCAACUGAGUUUAGGGUAACUGCUUUUUAAUGUUCUUUGCAUAGUUCAUCUAAAAUAUUGUCAAUGAAAAGGAAAGUCUUAAGAACUUAUCGAAAAGUCACUAUUUGGAUGUAUUUCAUUGUGUUUUGUCACAUCUUCGAGGGUGCUUCGGAGGUAACACUGAAGCCAUGAUUUAAAAAUCCCGCUUCACGAUACAUCAUCACUCCUAUCGCGUCUGAACAAUCCAAGUAAAGAAUACAUGUAUCGUAAUCACGACUGGAAAAUUGUUCUUAGUCUUUGUGAACGUUGCCUUUACGAGUAAUUUUGAAAAAUAUUUUUUCUUUAUCGCAAUGGGGUGUGUGGAUUUUUUGACGUCAUCAGUAUAUAUCCUAAUACCAAGACCAAUCUACUGCCUACGUAUAGUUGCAGUUGUAGAAGUGCGAAUGACUGAACUGAUUUACUCUUGCCUUCCAUAACAAUUCGUAUAUUGAUAAUUACUUCUUUGGAAUGGUCUCAUAUGUUUGGCCAAUCGUUGAAAAUAUUCGUUCAUUUAAAUUAUUUGUUGAAAAAUAUUGUUGUUAUUAUAAU